UUCAAAUAUGAGGGUAUUUAUGGACAAAACUCAGCUGCUGUAUAUUUAGGGAGUUAAAAUAGACGGACAUGUACUAUAUAUUUAUAUUUAUCUUUACUAAACAAAUGUUGAUAAUUGUCAACCUUUUAACAAAGAAAAUCAUCUCAGCAUCUGGAAAAGAUGAUGACUUCAAAUAAGACUCAAACUGAGAAUAUGUUUCUCUGUUAUCCACUCCGGCCAAACUCCUGUCCAAAACUGCAACGUCUUACUGUUGUUAAAGUGGCAAUGUAUGCUUUCUUUGUGCUGAUGAUCCUCACAACAGUUUUUGGGAACCUGCUGAUCAUCAUCUCCAUCUCUCAAUUCAAACAGCUUCAGUCUCCAACUCAUCUGAUCGUUCGCUCUCUGGCUGUCAGUGACUGUCUGCUGGGCUCUUUGGUCAUGCCGUACAGCAUGGUGCGAUCUGUUGAAGGCUGCUGGUAUCUGGGAGAAUUCUUGUGUAAAGUUCAUUCUAGUUUAGACAUGACCUUCUCUAUGUCCUCUUUACUGCAUCUCAGUUUGAUAUCUGUUGACAGAUACUGGGCCAUUUGUGACCCUCUGAGGUACAAAAUGAGGGUCACAAACAAAACUGUAACUGUAUUUAUUACCUUCAUAUGGCUAUUUUCAUUUGUAUACAGUUUCUCUGUUGUGUUUUCAGGGAUAAAUGCAGUUGGAUUGGAAAUGCUUAUAUUGCAGACUUAUUGUGUGGGAAAUUGUGUUAUGUUUUUUAACAAGGAGUGGAGUAUUAUAUGUCCAGUUCUUUUAUUCUUCCUUCCUGGGACGAUCAUGAGCUCUCUGUAUGUAAAAAUCUUCUAUGUUGCACGAAAACAUGCAAAAGUUAUGUCAGAAAGACUAACUGGAGGGUUGAAGAGCCAAAGCUCUGCUCACAGAGAGAGAAAAGCAGCUAAAACUCUGGCCAUUGUCAUGGGUGUUUAUUUGUUCUGCUGGCUGCCGUAUUUUACUGCUGCUGUUCUUGACCCUUUUUUCAAUUAUUGGACCCCAGCUGUUGUUUUUGAUGCUUUGUUUUGGUUUGCAUAUUUCAACUCAGCUUGUAACCCCUUGAUUUAUGGUUUAUUCUACUCUUGUUUUCAGAAGGCCUUUAAGAUUCUCAUAUCCACUUAUUUCUGUGGCAUCAAGCAUUCUAACACAUUCAUAUUUGAAUGA